AUGCCUGCUGCCGAGGCGCCGGAUGCCGCCGCAAAGGACAAGGAGACAUCUCUGAUGCCCCCUCCCUCGCCUGUCCGUCCCGACACGGCCCCUGCUCCGCCGACGGUGCUGAGUCCCCCGGAGCAGGCGGCGCCGCUGCCUGCCAGUGCCCCGACCGAGGAGAAAAAGGACCGUAGCGGCCGCAACAUCCUGCGCCGCAUGCUGCCCGGCUCCAAGGACACGCACGAGCGCGAUACGUCGACGCCUCCGACGCCGCACUCGCCGCGUACACCGCAGCACGACCGCACCGACUCGUCGCGCAGCCCGACGCGCCGCAGUGACGACGAGGUGCUUGCCGAGUCGACCGAUGCGAUGAAGAUCAAGUCGCCCUCGAGCCAGCCGCCGAGCCGUACGCCCUCGUUCCACGCGCGCGAGCGUCACAACUCGUUUGGCGGCCUGGAGCAGUCCGCGGGCGGAAAUGCUUCCUCGACGACGAUUGCAUCCGGCAACCGCCUCACCGCCUCUGCGCUGAAGGAUUGGGAUGCGGGCGCACGCGGCGCACCCCCGCCCGAAAAGACCAAGAGCGGUGCGGGCUCGACGCUGCGCGACAUGAUCAUGAACAGCCCCAUGAUCAACCGCCGUGGCUCGACGGCCUCGCACCGCUCCGACGGCAGCCAGAGCGCCACAUCUGGCCAGGGCAAGUCGGAGAAGCCGCCGAAGGAAAAGAAGAAGAGCUCCAAGAGCAGCGCGCACGGCCACGUCGGCCCGGCGACUGGCGAGGUGGCGAGUCUCUUGAAGAAGUACGGAACGUGCGAGCGUGUGGCGAUCGGCAAAGGUGCGACGGCCGUGGUGCGCAUUGCGCACAAGUGGGACAAGAGUACCGAGAAGCUCUAUGCCGUCAAAGAGUUCCGCAAGCGCCGCAAGAACGAGUCCGAGAAGGAAUACGUCAAGAAGCUCACGUCCGAGUUCUGUAUCUCCUCGACGCUGCACCACGUCAACAUUGUCGAGACCGUGGACUUGGUCCAGGACGAGAACCAGCACUGGUGCGAGGUGAUGGAGUACUGCCAUGGCGGCGAUCUCUACGCUGCGAUCAAGAAGGGCGGCAUGAAGCAGACCGAGAUGGAGUCCUACUUCAAGCAGACCCUGCUGGGCAUCCACUACCUGCACUCGAUGGGCGUCGCGCACCGCGACAUCAAGCCCGAGAACUUGCUGCUCGACGGCCAAGGCAACAUCAAGAUCACCGACUUUGGCGUCAGCGACGUAUUCCGCAUGUGCUGGGAAAAGUCGACGCACUACAGCAAGGGCCUCUGCGGCUCGGAGCCCUACAUCGCUCCGGAGCAGUUUGAGCAGAAAGAGUACGACGCGCGCCUCGUCGACAUCUGGGCCGCGGCCGUGGUCUUUUACUGCAUGGAGUGCCAAGAGCUCCCGUGGCGCGUGGCCAAGAUGUCCGACACGACGUUCCAAGAGUUUGUGCACUCGUACCUGAACACGCCGGUGCCGAGUCCCCUGCCGAACCUCUCGCCACGCGAGUGCCGCCCGCUGCUGAAAAAGAUGCUGUGCCCGGACCCCAAGAUGCGCUGCAUGACCGACGAGAUCCUCAAGGAUCCGUGGCUUGCCCAGGUGCCCAACUCGGUGCCGCCCUCCUCGUAA